CAGAUAAGUCAUGACGCACCAAAUGCAAACUUAGGGCCCUCAGAAAUUGAAGUUGAAGAACAUAAUUGUCAGAAAGAAGUGUAUUUCUUGAUCUUAUUUGGAACUUCUAUAACUUGUUUUGUUAUGGAUGAUCUCUGAUAAUCUGCAAAGGAACGUGUUUUCUUUAGCAUCAAGGUUAUUUUCCUCAACAACAUACUCUAGAUUCUCCCUCAGAAGAGCCUUCCUUCCUUCGUCAGUUUUGAUUAGCAUCAGGAUUUUGGGAAUGCAUGUUGUUUAAUGGUAUUACAUGGAACAUUACCAAUAGCAACUCUUAAAAGUGUCUGAGACAACAGUGAAUUAAUGUAUGCGUAUUUAAAGAAUUUAAACAAGUAAAAACUGUUUUUAAUAUUAGAUUCAUACAUCAGCAGUGAAAUCUGGUUGUAGUCCUUCAAGAUAUUGUAUUUAAUUCAUAACAGAUUUAUUUGGUAAUUGUAAACAAAAUUGUGUUUAGAGUUGUGAAUUGAAUGCAUUUUCAUUACAGAACAGGACGGGAUAAAAGGCUAAAAUGAAUCCAGAACGUUCUUUAGAAUUUCCUUUGAAAAGGGAAAAUGAAGGUGCAUUAUCACUACCUUCCAUAAAUCAAGAAACCAGCAACUUGGCUGCCUUUAGUGAAACCAGUGAUGGUGACUUUUGGUCUUUGGAUCCAUUGAUGGACAUCAAAAUAGAGCCAGAGGAAUUCUGUGAGUCUAAUGUAGAUGAAUAUUCAUAUGAAAUUACUUCAAUAGUGAAUGAAAAACAUCCACAAACUUGCAAAGAGGAAGUAAAACAAGAAAGAAGGAUUAGUGACAAUGGAGAGGAGCCUUUCAGAUCCACUGACUGUGAAAAAGCAUUUUACAAGAAAAUUAAUCUUAGAAGUGAUAUCACAAAUCCUACCAGAGAGAAAGCAUUCAUAUGCAGUGACUGUGGGAAUACAUUUUCAUUGAAACGUAAUCUUAUAGUUCAUAUGAGAAUCCACAAUGUAGAGAAGCCAUUCAUCUGCAAGGAAUGUGGGAAAGCAUUUUCCCAGAAAUCAGCUCUUACACUUCAUAUGAAAUUGUAUACUGGAGAGAGGCCAUUUGUGUGCAAGGAAUGUGGGAAAGCAUUUUCCCAGAGAACAAGUUUUACAUAUCAUAUGAAAAUCCAUACUGGAGAGAGGCCAUUUGUGUGCAAAGAAUGUGGGAAAGCAUUUUCCCACAAAAGAAAUCUUACAGUGCAUAUGAGAUUGCAUACUGGAGAGAAACCAUUUGUGUGCAAAGAAUGUGGGAAAGCAUUUUCCCAGAAAACAAAUCUUACACAUCAUAUGAGAUUGCAUACUGGAGAGAGGCCAUUUGUGUGCAAAGAAUGUGGGAAAGCAUUUUCCCAGAAAACAAAUCUUACAGGUCAUAUGAGAUUGCAUACUGGAGAGAGGCCAUUUGUGUGCAAGGAAUGUGGGAAAGCAUUUUCCCACAAAAGAAAUCUUAUAGAUCAUAUGAGAUUGCAUACUGGAGAGAGGCCAUUUGUGUGCAAGGAAUGUGGGAAAGCAUUUUCCCACAAAACAAAUCUUACACUUCAUAUGAGAUUGCAUACUGGAGAGAGGCCAUUUGUGUGCAAAGAAUGUGGGAAAGCAUUUUCCCACAAAACAAAUCUUACAGAUCAUAUGAGAUUGCAUACUGGAGAGAGGCCAUUUGUGUGCAAAGAAUGUGGGAAAGCAUUUUCCCACAAAACAAGUCUUACAGAUCAUAUGAGAUUGCAUACUGGAGAGAGGCCAUUUGUGUGCAAGGAAUGUGGGAAAGCAUUUUCCCAGAGAACAAGUCUUACAUAUCAUAUGAAAAUCCAUACUGGAGAGAAACCAUUUGUGUGCAAAGAAUGUGGGAAAGCAUUUUCCCAGAAAUCACAUCUUACACAUCAUAUGAGGUUGCAUACUGGAGAGGAAAAAGAAACAACUUGAUAAAUUAAAUCGGUUAAGGCAGAGAUCUCUCAAAUGACCAACCAUAUGAGAGAUCCAAAUCACUCACAAAAUCUGCCCAAGAAAAUAAGGAAAAUGAAGAAAUACAGAACAGGGGAUGAAUAAAUGAGUGAAAAACUGGCAGAACACCAAGCCAAUAUAAAGGCCCUAGCUUCACAAAUAGGAAACAUAUAACAGAAGAUAAAAGCAAAACAGAUAAAUAGGCAGUUUGGUGAAAAUCCAAAGGCUGUGUAUAGAAACAUUACGAAAGAAAGUGUGGAAGUACGAACACCACCGAGCAAGGAAGACCUAGAGAGAUUUUGGAAGCCACUGUUUGAAGACCCUAGACAACACCAAGAGAAUUCAUGGAUUGACACCAUUAGGCAGAACAGCCAGAAACAGCAAAUGCCAUCAAUAAGGUUCACCAUCGAAAAAGUAACAGAAAAUAAAAGAAUAUAAUAAUUUCAAGAUAACAGUAAUAGCAAGAUCCCAAAUUUCUGGCUAGAAAAGAUUACAGCACUACAUCACACUCAUGCACAAGCCCUUCUCAAGAGUGGCUCACAACAACAAAAACCCAUCUGCUGCCUACAAAUGGCUCACAGGAGUCAUAGCAGAUGAGAUCUGUGAACACCUAGAUCAAGGCAAAUAAUAUGGAAAAAGAACGAAAGAGAUGCACAAGAAACAAACUAGGCACUAAAGAUCAACUGCUAAUAAACAAAACAAUAUUAGAAGAUUGUAAGAAAAGGCAAAGGAAUCUUAACCCUCUUACGCCGACUGGAUGUAUUUUACGUCGACAUUUUUUGUGUCCCGUGCGCCGACUGGACGUAUUUUACGUCGACUUACAAAAGAUUUUUUUAAAUUUCGCGGAAAAAUACUUAUAGGCCUACCAGCCUAAAACUUUUGAAUCACGCACCUUGGGGGAUGCUGGGAGUUCACGGAUCAAGGUGUUGUUUUAUUUACAAUCGUUACGCAGGCGCGCAAGCGCGAAUUUCUUUCUUGCCGCACUAAAAAGUAUCUGUGACACAUCUCGGAAAUUAUUUCGUCACUUUGACAUAAUUGUUGUACCAUUGUAAAUUAGCCGUUACAUGAAGUAUUAUAUAUGAAAAUGUGUGCAUUUUUAUGCAGAAUACAACAAUAAAAUACUCAUGAUUGUAGCUUUUAUCAGUUUUGAGAUAUUUUCAUAUAAAUAACGAUAAUUGCCAAAAUUUCAACCUUCGGUCAACUUUGACUCUACCGAAAUGGUCGAAAAACGCAAUCGUAAGCUAAAACUCUUAUAUUUUAGUAAUAUUCAAGCAUUUACCUUCAUUUUGCAACAAAUUGGAAGUCUCUAGCACAAUAUUUCGAUUUAUGGUGAAUUUAUGAAAAAAACAUUUUCCUUACGUCCGCGCGGUAACUCUUCCGAAAAAAUUAUACAUGCGAUUGUGGUAAUGUUUGCACCAUUUUAAAAUUAGCCGUUAUAUAAAGUUUUAUAUAUGGAAAUGUGCGCAAUUUCAUGCACAAUACAACUAAAAACAACCCAUGGUUGUAGCUUUAUAUCAGUUUUGAGAUAUUUUCAUAUAAAUAACGAUAAUUGCCAAAAUUUCAACCUUCGGUCAACUUUGACUCUUCCGAAAUGGUCGAAAAACGCAAUUGUAAACUAAAACGCUUAUAUUCUAGUAAUAUUCAAUCAUUUACCUUCAUUUUGCAACAAAUUGGAAGUCUCUAGCACAAUAUUUCGAUUUAUGGUGAGUUUAUGAAAAAAAUAACAUUUUCUUUACGUCCGCGCGGUAACUCUUCGCAAAAAAAUCAUACGUGCGAUUGUGGUAAUGUUUGCACCAUUUUAAAUUAGCCGUUACAUAAAGUUUUAAUUACAAAAAUGUGCUCAAUUUCAUGUAGAAUACAACAAAAAAUAAUUGAAGGUUGUAGCUUUUCUCAUUUUCGAAAUAUUUGCAUAUAAAUCACGAUAAAUAGAAAAAAAACCACGUUCGGUCAACUUUGACUCUACCGAAAUGGUCGAAAAACGCAAUUGUAAGCUAAAACUCUUACAGUCUAGUAAUAUUCAGUCAUUUAUCCUCAUCUUGAAACAAAUUCGAAGUCUCUAGCAAAAUAUUUAGAUUUAUGGUGAAUUUAAAAAAAAAUCUUUCCUUCCCUCCGCGCGUGGAUUCUCCGCCACAAAUCUCCGAAAUGCGUAGGUCCCAUUCUCGGAAUAUUUGCUCCGUUUCAUAUUAGGCAUUUCAUAGAGUUUUAUAUAUGAAAAUGUGCGCAAUUUCAUGUAGAAUAAAACGAAAAAUAUUUGAAGGUUGUAGCUUUUCUUAUUUCCGAAAUAAUUGCAUAUAAAUAAUAUAUAUAUAAAAAAAUUUGACAUUUGGUCAACUUUAACUCGUCAGAUAUGGUCGAAAACUGCAAUUGUAAGCUAAUACUCUUACAGUAUAGUAAUAUUCAAUCAUUUGUCUUCAUUUUGAAAGAAAUUGGAAGUCUAGGACAAUAUUUAGAUUUAUGGUGAAUUUUUGAAAAAAAUAUUUGUUUACGUCUGCGCGUUACGAAUUCAUGCAUUAUUUUGUGAUAAUAUUUUCUCUGUGUUGCUUUUAUCGUUUUACAAUGUGUUAUAUACCAAAAUGAUCGCAAUUUAGUGUACAUUACAACGAAAAAAAGUAACUUGUUACCUUUAACCGUUUUGCGCACAGCGCGAUUUGAAUACAAUUAUAUAUGAAAUUUUGUUUUUUUGCUAUCAUAUAUCGCAUUAUUUAUAUAUGAUAAUGAUAAUUUUUUUCAUUUAUGAUGGUUGCAUACUAAACUUCAGCCAAUGACAAAAACAGGAGCCAAAAAUGAACUCUUAUUCUUGAAAACUAAGCGCGCUGUGAUUUUUUGAAAAAAAUAAAAUUUUCCGCUUCCGCCCUCACUCUGAAAUACCUCCGGCACACGGGAGACAUUUUUUUUUUACCGCUUCGGCGUAAGAGGGUUAAUAAGGCUUGGAUAGAUUACAAGAAGGCAUUUGACAGCGUACUGCACACCUGGGUACUCAAAUGUUUGGAACAAUAUAACAUCAGUGAGGAAAUAAGAUCUUUCCUGGCAGCACAGAUGAAUAAGUGGAAGACCAUUCUCUGUCUAAAACAUUCUGAGGGCCAGAUAGUAAUUCCAGACAUAAAGAUCCAAAGAGGAAUAUUCAAGGGUGACAGCCUCUCACCACUUCUAUUCUGCUUGGCCAUAGAUCUGCUCAGUAAAAUCUUGAACAACAUUAACACUGGCUAUGACCUAAGCAAAAGCAGAAAAGAGAAUAAAAGAGUGAACCAUCUGCUCUUCGUGGAUGACCUGAAGUUGUUUUCAGACUCAGAAAAAAAAUUAGAAGAACAAGUUAAGACAGUCCACCAAUUCUCAGAUGACAUAUGCAUGGGAUUUUGGGUUGGACAAAUGUGCCAAGAGUACAUUAAAGAGGAGGAAGAAAGUAACAUUAGAAGGUAUAAAGGUAAAGGAAGGCAUAUUUGUUGAAGACCAGGCAGAGGAGUCUGCAUAUAAGUACUUGGGAACAGAAGAAAACACUGGUAUAGAACACAAGAAAGUGAGAGAAAAGAUAAAGAAAGAUACAUCAGCCACUUAAAGAAUUAACACCAAAGAACAAGAUCACUGCCAUAUACCAGCUGGUGAUACCAGUGGUGACAUAUGCUUUUGGCACUGUAGACUGGCCACAAGGUGAGUGAGACCGGAUGAAUAUUAAAACCAGGAAGACACCAGUGUGUGGACAGAAUAUACCUCCCUCGCAGAGCAGGUGGAUUAGGCCUGACUGAGAUCAACCAGGCCUACAGAGCAGCAAUAGUAACUAUAGGGCAGUACUUUAAAAGCUCUGAGGACCAAAACAUCGAAAAGGUUGCCCAACACCAUAAUGGAGCCCUGAGCCAACUAACAUCAGUAACAAAACAGGCUAAGAACUUCGCAGAUCUGCUAGAAGAUAAAGGAAGACCAGGCAGAAAUACAGUCACAGAGAGGAGAGACUUCGAAUGGAAAGGUGGAAAGACCAUGGAAGAGCAGGAAGAUUUCAAGAACUGGUAAAAAGUGUCAUAGACAACAAAGCAUCUCUCAGUUGGAUAAGAAAUGGAGUUCUAGGUUAUGAUGGAGAAAAACUGAUAAUAGGAGCUCAAGAUCAAGGCUUCCUAACAAACGGCUUCAAGAAAAUGGGGGGCAUAUCAGCAAAUGAUCCAUGUAGGUUUUUUCAUGCAGCGAUUGAGAGUGUUUGUCAUCUAAUAUCAGCCUGGUAGACUCUGCUUGCCCACCACAACAAAAUAUGUAAAGUGUACAGAAUUGAAGUGAAAGGAAAAGUGUAGGAGCAUGAACCAGAUCCAUUCAACUCCAAUAGGGCUGUUACCAUCUUUUAUGACAAGGAAAUUCCAACAGGAAGAUAUAUAGAAGGAGGUGCUAUGAGACCUGAUUUUGUGAUCUGGAACAAGGAGGAAUAAACAGCAAAGAUUAUAGAUGUGACAGUACCCAGUGACUGGAGGAGGGUCUCACUUAAAAUGCAGAUGAAGGCUCUUCAUUUGCAGAGUCUUUAUUAGAAGUCAAGGCAGAGCCAAAGUAUUUUGGAUAGAGUGAAUUUGUUGCAAAAUGGUUGUGUAACAUUUAUGCAUAGGUAAAAUAAAUGACUUUUAGUUUUUUCUUACAAUUGUUUUCAAUGAACACUGUAGAGUGCUAGGUUAAGAAAUUUUCCUUUGCCUUCUCCACUUUUCUCGUUCCUGUGUAUUUUUUGCAUGAUUUCCAAACAAAGAAUUAGUAUUGUCUUUGGCUGACAUGAAGUUUUCUUCCUUUUGUUAUUCAGCAUUGUGCAUAUAUGCACUUGUAUAUGUAGUUGUAAGCUUGAAUAUUUCCAUGAAAUGUUAUUCUUAGUGGAAAUAGAAAGGAUUGAUAUCUUCAUUAGACUUCAAUGAAAUUCAGGUGCAGUUUUAUUUGAUUAUUUUUUAUAUGUUCUUGGUUUUAAUCUUCUACAAAGAAUGUGCUACAGCAUUUGUAAGUAAAUCCUAAUGCCUUGUAUUACCUCACUAAAUACUACAGUGGACUGUGUAGUAUUUUGUUUUAGGUUAACCUGUCUGAGGUGUUAUGUAAAUGACUAAAGUAUUGUGUUAUUCUGAUUAGAUUAA